AUGGUUGUAGCAACUGGAGCUCAAGUUUACACGUGGCUGGGUCAAGCUACUGCCACGGAGACUCCUGCAAAGCGAAAGCACACUGAGUUUGGCAGAAGCACUCCUGAGAAGACUAGGAAGGAUGGGAAGUUGCAAAGGGCUGCAGCUUUGGCAAAGUGCCUCCGUGAGAGCCACGUGGCGGUGUUCAAGAAGGUAGACCUUGUAAAGAAGUCAGCAGGUAACACUAGCACGGCACCUGGCACGGUCAACGACGCAGUCUUCACGUGUUUUGUUUGUGGCAGGGCGAAGCAUGAAUGUGCUUGGCUCUACAAGCAAGCAGGACACAAAGGAACACGCAGGACUGUGACAGGAGGUCAGUGUUCAGCUUGCUUCAAGGCUUGCCGCUUGUUACGCACAAGCAGGUCAGAGAGCUUGCUUCGAACACACCGUGUCUUGAGUUUUGUGUGCCAAGUGUCUCAGAAGGUAUGUGAAGAGCGUGGCGCAGAUGACGCAUGCACAUGUCACCUAUGCCAGCCUUGA